AUGGCUGAAAGGCAUGCCUCAUCUCUCGCGGUUAAUACGCGGAAAUCUUUGUUUUGUUUAUUUAUAGUUACAUCAACACUCUUCAUAUUAUCUUGGUUCUUUGUGUUGCGUUCAACGGGCAGUCCUCACUUUAUUGACCAUAAAUUAUUACCCAAUUCCAAGCUUCUUGCUAUGAUUGAUAAUGGUAUUUCUGGAAGUGAGAGUCAAAAUGAUGUUGAACCCUCAGUUGGGAAUCGAUCAAUCCUUGUGGAUAAAGAAGAAGAAGAAAAACCAACGAUUUCUUCCCAAGACAAAGAAGCAUCCCAAGCUAACAAUGAUUGGAAACCCCAAGGACCUAGUGUUUGGCCAGAUCUUCAAACUAAAGUACCUGCUUAUCCUGGUGGGUUGAAUUUGCAACACAGUAUAGAAUAUUGGCUGACAUUGGACAUCCUUGCUUCAGAACUUCCCAAUCCCCCAAAUGUACAUACUGCAAUAAGAGUGCGGAAUUCUAGUGAAGCUGACAUUAUUUUUAUACCAUUCUUUUCUUCCUUAAGCUAUAACCGGUUCUCCAGGAUAAAUCCACACCAAAAGAAGAGCAAUAACAAGUUGCUGCAAAAUAAAUUGGUUAAGUACGUGACAGCUCAACAGGAAUGGAAGAUAUCAGGGGGAAGAGACCACUUAAUUGUGGCUCACCAUCCAAAUAGCCUUCUAGACGGAAGGAUGAAGCUUUGGCCUGCAACAUUCAUACUUUCGGACUUUGGGAGGUAUCCUCCAAACAUAGCAAAUGUAGAGAAAGACAUUAUUGCCCCCUACAAGCAUGUAAUCAAAUCCUAUGUGAAUGACUCAUCUACUUUCGAUAGUCGUCCAACUUUGCUAUACUUCCAAGGUGCAAUAUAUCGAAAAGAUGGUGGCUUUGUUCGGCAAGAGUUAUUCUAUCUUCUACAAGAUGAAAAAGAUGUACAUUUUACAUUUGGGAGUGUUCAAAAAGAUGGAAUCAAGAAGGCUUCACAGGGAAUGCACACCUCAAAAUUCUGCCUCAACAUAGCCGGUGACACCCCGUCAUCAAAUCGUCUUUUGAUGCUAUUGCUAGCCACUGUGUCCCUGUCAUCAUCAGUGAUGAUAUUGAACUCCCAUACGAGGAUGUGCUUGACUACUCUGAGUUCUGCAUCUUCGUUCGAACAAGGGAUGCUCUUAAAAAGAACUUUCUCGUAA